UCUUUAUUUCUAAGCACCCAAAUCAAAGCUCUCUCUCUCUCUCUCUCUCUCUCUCUCUCUCUCCAUCUCAGUUCUUCUUUUCAACAAAAUUUAAAUACAUUGCUCAAUCUUUUUGAAAUGGGCAUCUCUCUAUUUGAAAGAACAUUUACAAUGUCUCUUUUCUUUAUCGUUUUCAUCUUAAUAACCUUAACGAACUCAUGCUAUUGUUCAAGAAAGCUAACUUCACUCUAUGAACCACCACCCAUGUCUCUAAGUUAUCAUAAUGGUCCAUUGCUUGAAGGAGACGUUCAUGUCUCCAUUCUCUGGUAUGGCCAAUUCACACCGCCUCAACAAUCCAUUGUAUCAGAUUUUCUUCUAUCUUUAAAUCCAACACAUUCUUCCUCUUCUUCACCACAACCUUCAGUCUCUAAAUGGUGGAACUUAGUCCAAACCUACAUGAAAAGAGCAGGCAAAAAAGAAACAGACAUAGUUUUAUCAAACCAAACAUCAGAUAAAAACUAUUCAUUAGGCAAAAUCUUGAAAAAAUCCCAUAUAACCGAGUUGGCGAACAAGGUUAUUAACAACUCAAGACCUGGCGGUUUAACCAUAGUUUUAACCGAUAAAGAAGUAGCGGUCGAAGGGUUUUGCAUGAGUAACUGUGGCUUUCAUGGCUCAAACUCUAAACAAAACUCAGCCUUUAUCUGGGUGGGCAACUCCGUAACUCAAUGUCCUGGUCAAUGCGCAUGGCCAUUUCACCAACCCAUUUACGGGCCACAAACUACACCACUUGGUGCACCCAAUGGAGACGUUGGCGUUGACGGCAUGGUUGUCAAUAUUGCGGGUCUUUUAGCCGGAACCGCGACCAACCCAUUUGGGAAUGGGUAUUAUGCAGGGUCAAUGGAAGUGGGUUCGGUUUGUACUGGCGUGUAUGGUAAAGGGGCGUAUCCUGGUUAUGCUGGGGAGCUUUUAGUGGAUUCUAGCAGUGGAGCUAGCUAUAAUGCUGUGGGUGUCAAUAGAAGGAAGUAUCUCUUACCUGCUUUGUUUGAUCCUCUGACAUCUCAAUGUUUAACUAUUGUUUGAGGUAUUGGAUUGUCAUGUGAUGCCUUGAUUUUGCUGUAAUACUUUGUUAUGUAUAUAUGUUACGCAUGAGAAUUUGUAAUAAAAUAAUUUCUGAGUUAUAUAUAAGGAAAUAGGGGGUUCUGACAUGCUCAUUUUUAACCUCCCUUUCCUUUGCAAA